GGGCGUAACCACUCUUUGGGAAUCAGGAAACACGUUAAUCUUUGAGAGUAGUCCCUCCUUCAGUUUAGUCUGACCACAGUCGGCUCUGACCACAGCUUCCAACGGCUGUCCGACCCGAAACAUCCCCGCCAGCCCUCCGGUCAGCUCCGGUCCGUCAAUGGCUGAUUCAACCGUCAAUACGCCAGGUCAGCCUACAGGUACUGGAGGAGGUGACGGUGGGAAGUUGACAAACAACCCUGACUACACUGCUUUCAUCCUGGUGCCUGUCUUCUUCAUCCUGGGCCUGCUGGGGGUGGUGAUCUGUCACGUGCUGAAGAGGAAGGGCUACCGGUGCACCACUGAGGCCCACAGUGGGGAGGAGGAGGAGUGUGUGGAGGAGGACAAGGAUCCCGAGCUGGGUGGAGAGAUAAAUGACACCCUCAGUGAGAACAACGACACCGUCGGGCAGAUCGUCCGCUACAUCAUGAAGAAUGAAGCAAACUCCGACGCCCUGAAAGCCAUGGUUCAUGAAAACAGCAUCAACUCUGAUGGCCCGCCGCUCACCCCCACCUCUCCCGACACUCCAACACCUCCGAUGACUCCCGUAUCACCGGGUGCACCUGCAGGCGCCGCCAAGCACACCUGCAACCACCUGCACACCAUCGGCGGCCCGGGAGGCAACAAGAACAUCUGUACGCGCUGCAGCCAGAAGAAGUGGCCGCUGAUAAGGAGGCCGUCGGGCCGUAAGGCGGAGCAGCGCCGCAGCCACCAUGGAGAAGUCACGGUCCUGGCUGUGGGCAGGUUCCGGGUGACAAAGAUCGAAAAACCAGCGAGAGAGAGGCGGAGCCUGCUAAUAACAGACUCCAACGGGAGCGUCCCCACGUCGCCGACAGAGGUGGAGCCCAAGAGCCGGACGACGUCUGAGUCCCAGCAGGAGGAGACAAACAGCUUGGACAAAGAGAAACGAUAGAAAUGCAGCUUUCCAAAGGCAGGAGAAAAAACAACACAUGGACAAUUUUAAAAAUCCAAACAAGAACAUUACGAUAUCAGCGAUGGAGGUACGAGGUCGACGUGGGAGUCGUCCCCUCCACAUUCCUGCUCCACGGGACGCCAAAAGUGCUGCUGAUGAGGACGACAGUGGUGAGAGUGACGCACACAGUCACACCAGCCAGUUAUUUUACAAGCAGAGAGCGGAAAGUGUGUCCAUCUGUGAUACAUUUCCUCUUAAAACAGAUUUACAAUAGUGCCUUGCUCAAGGGGUAUUGAAGCAGGGCAGCUGCUUAAUGUAUAGGGAGCCUGAACCAGGACUUUCCUAAAGAACUACGGUAUUAUUACUCUAUAUGCAGACGAUGUGUGUGUGUACAUAUGUUUUUGUAUGUGGAGGUAAAGAAACGUUUUUUUGCAUGUCAUCAGUCAGUUAAUUGUUAAAACUAAUCCCCAGAAGCAGGUACAGCCAGUCAGAGAUUAAAUUGUUGGUUCCCAAAAACAGGAAGGAGGAGCGACCGGAUGAUAGUGGUCACUGAGCCAGAAGUAGCUCGGAGUAUUAGCAGAUGUGAUGAGUUAAAGCAACUGUAAUCACAUCGUGAACGUGGUGUUAGAAGAGAAGAGAGUGCAGUAUUCUGAGUCGAACAACAAAUCAGCUUUAAUAUUCAAACACGGGGCUCAGUGUUUGCUCUUAAAGUGACAGUGUUAUUUUGACAGUAAGUGCAAACCCUAAACAGGUCGGUCUGUUCCAGCUCUUCAAGAUCACUGCCAAACUUUUGAGAAUGGCCACUCUUGCAGUUAUUUUUUAAUUUGGUUAUUGAUUAUUUAGUGAAUGAGUUAAUUAUUUUGUUACCUCAAGCUUAGUUUUAGGUUGAUUUAUCUUAAUUCUAGGGAAAACAUAAGGCAGAUUUCUCAAGAUGAUUAGAUAAUUUAUCAUGACAAAACGGACUUUAGUUUGAAGUUAAUUUAUGUCAGUUCUUGAGAACCACCAUAAAUGAUUAUGGGGUAAUCUAUCACAAUAAAAACAACUUGUUUUUUUAA